AUACGCAUGCACACGCGCACCCGCACCCGCGCGCCUGUAUCCCGUGCUGUUUCCCUGGCAGACACACAGGCGCUCACGAGUCUCUCCUUGCCAGCCUGCAGGGCAGCAGCUCCCAAAACCCAGCUCCUGGUCCCAUCCUAGGCAAGAAGCUGCUUCUCUGAAAACAGCUCCUCUUCGGCCUCCGUCACAGCCACCUGGACCCUACCCUUUCGCGACUGCUGCUGCUCCUGCUGGGACGUGGAAGCAGCAAAAGGCGCUUGGUCAAGACACACUGACGGUACCUACAGAAUACUGGACAUACGGAUUCAGAAUCCAUAAGGCUUUAUCACCUUGAAUCAAGGAUUUAUUUGAUAUCAUCCUCGGUCUUCCUAUCAAGUAACAUUGUUUUGAAAAACAGAAUUAACACAUUUGCCAUAGGGAGUUUUUUUUUUUUUUUUUUUUUUUAAUACUUCCCAUACUUUCCAAUGCCUAAAAAUAGCAAGGUGGUAAAAAGAGAAUUAGAUGAUGAUGUUACUGAGUCUGUCAAAGACCUUCUUUCCAAUGAAGACUCAGCUGAUGAUGCUUUUAAGACAAGUGAACUAAUUGUUGAUAGCCCAGAAGAGAAAGAUACAGAUGUUGAAGAAGGAUCUGAAGUCGAAGAUGAAAGACCAGCUUGGAACAGUAAACUACAAUACAUCCUGGCCCAAGUUGGAUUUUCUGUAGGUUUAGGAAAUGUGUGGCGAUUUCCAUACCUAUGUCAGAAGAAUGGGGGCGGUGCAUAUCUUUUACCAUAUUUAAUACUACUUAUGGUAAUAGGCAUUCCCCUUUUUUUCCUGGAACUCUCUGUGGGUCAAAGAAUUCGGCGAGGCAGCAUUGGUGUAUGGAAUUACAUAAGCCCUAAACUGGGCGGGAUUGGAUUUGCAAGUUGUGUAGUGUGCUAUUUUGUGGCUCUCUACUACAACGUCAUCAUUGGCUGGAGUUUGUUUUAUUUUUCUCAGUCUUUUCAGCAACCCCUGCCUUGGGAUCAGUGUCCUUUGGUGAAAAAUGCUUCACACACUUUUGUAGAACCAGAAUGUGAACAAAGUUCUGCCACCACCUAUUACUGGUACAGGGAAGCACUGAAUAUUUCAAGUUCCAUUUCUGAAAGUGGGGGCUUAAACUGGAAGAUGACCAUCUGCUUGUUGGCUGCCUGGGUCAUGGUUUGCUUGGCUAUGAUCAAAGGCAUUCAGUCUUCUGGAAAAAUAAUAUAUUUUAGUUCUCUGUUUCCAUAUGUGGUACUUAUAUGCUUCCUCAUCAGAGCAUUCCUUUUAAAUGGUUCAGUUGAUGGAAUUCGCCACAUGUUUACCCCUAAGCUUGAAAUAAUGCUGGAGCCCAAGGUCUGGAGAGAAGCUGCUACUCAAGUAUUCUUUGCCUUAGGUCUGGGAUUUGGUGGUGUCAUUGCCUUUUCAAGCUACAACAAGAGAGACAACAACUGCCACUUUGAUGCUGUCCUGGUGUCCUUCAUCAAUUUUUUCACUUCUGUCCUGGCAACACUGGUGGUGUUUGCAGUUCUGGGCUUCAAAGCAAAUGUCAUAAAUGAGAAAUGCAUUACGCAAAAUUCAGAGAUGAUCAUGAAAUUUUUGCAAAUGGGAAACAUUAGUCAGGAUAUUAUUCCCCAUCAUAUCAACCUUUCAGCUGUUACUGCAGAAGAUUAUCAUUUAGUUUAUGAUAUCAUUCAAAAAGUGAAGGAAGAAGAGUUUCCUGCUCUUCAUCUCAAUUCCUGCCAAAUUGAAGAAGAGCUAAAUAAAGCUGUUCAGGGGACUGGCUUAGCUUUUAUUGCCUUUACAGAAGCGAUGACACAUUUCCCUGCGUCUCCCUUCUGGUCAGUGAUGUUUUUCCUCAUGCUGGUCAAUCUAGGCCUUGGCAGUAUGUUUGGAACCAUUGAAGGGAUUGUCACGCCUAUUGUGGACACUUUCAAAGUGAGGAAAGAAAUUCUUACUGUUAUCUGUUGUCUUCUGGCAUUUUGUAUUGGCCUGAUAUUUGUGCAACGCUCUGGAAAUUACUUUGUUACAAUGUUUGAUGAUUAUUCUGCUACACUGCCUCUGCUAAUUGUAGUCAUUUUGGAGAAUAUUGCUGUAUGCUUUGUUUAUGGCAUAGAUAAGUUUAUGGAAGACCUAAAAGAUAUGCUGGGCUUUGCUCCCAGCAGAUAUUACUACUAUAUGUGGAAAUACAUUUCUCCUCUAAUGCUAUUAUCAUUGCUAAUAGCUAGUGUUGUGAAUAUGGGAUUAAGUCCUCCUGGCUAUAAUGCAUGGAUUGAAGAUAAGGCAUCUGAAGAAUUUUUGAGCUAUCCAACUUGGGGACUGGUCGUCUGUGUCUCUCUGGUUGUCUUUGCAAUACUCCCGGUCCCUGUAGUCUUCAUUGUUCGUCGCUUCAACCUUAUAGAUGAUAGUUCUGGUAAUUUAGCAUCCGUGACCUAUAAGAGAGGAAGGGUCCUGAAAGAGCCUGUAAACUUAGAGGGCGAUGAUACAAGCCUCAUUCACGGAAAAAUAUCAAGCGAGAUGCCAUCUCCAAAUUUUGGUAAAAAUAUUUAUCGAAAACAGAGUGGAUCCCCAACUCUGGAUACUGCUCCCAAUGGACGGUACGGAAUAGGGUACUUGAUGGCAGAUAUUAUGCCAGAUAUGCCAGAGUCUGAUUUGUAGCUGGGGGAAAAGUCAGUGGGUUUUAUUUGGUUCAUUUUUACCAAUGAACAUUGGCCCUACUAAGAGAAGCAUUAGGCUUCCCUUAUCAGAGGGCGAUCUCAGGUGUUCCAUGGCUGUGAUCUUUAAUCCUAACAGUAUAUGUCAGUUCAACUUGAGCAUUCUUUUGGAUUCUUUGGUUUACAUUUGUGCAGAAAGGUUUGCAGACAAAUCUUAGGAUGGCUGAAGCACAUGUAUGCCAGGAUUUUUUUUAAGUACCUUUGGUGUAUUUUCAAGUAUUUCUAUCUCUUAAAAAAAUGGUGUUACCUCAGUUUCUAAUAAUUUCUGGGUUUAGUAGUGUUGGCAAUUAAAAAUGGUAUACCUUAAAAUUUAUAAGUUUGCCUUCAGGGUAACUUCCAGUAUCACAAUGAGCAGUUCUGUAAGUGGGUGCCUCUCAGCACAUUUCCAUGAAUAUAUUAUGCAGAUAGGCUGUAUUGAUUUUGGUAGCAUUGAUACCUUCUUAGGCAAUUAGUUGAAGAAAACUGCAAAAUAUUUUCUUAUGUAAUAGCUGUAUAGAGCAAUAGCAUCAAAGCGUAAGAAGGCACUAAUGCUGGGAUGAAAGAUGAGAUUCAGAGGUGACUGAGAAUCAUGUGAGUGAUGGCUGUAUAUUUUAUGUAAAAUAUAUGUGUGAAAAUGAGCUAGAGUGAGUUACUCAGCACUCUCAAGAAUUAUGCAGACUCUGCAUUUUUCUUAUGCCGUGUGCCUAAAAAUCUACUUGAUAUUUAUUGUGGUUUCAAGAUGAUUCAUAGUAUAUUUAUACAAUAUACUUGCAAUGCAUAUAAGUACUUAAAGUACUAAUUUGAAAACUUGAAGCAAGAUGACAUUUUAAUUAAUCUAUUUCUGUUUUGCUUCUGUUUUAUGCAAAUAUAAAUCAUUUUAAGUGAUUGUUAAAAUUGUAAUGCAUUACAUUUUAAUCUACAAAUAAACAAAGUUUA